UGGGACGCAGCUGAUAUUUAUCCCAAAUAAAUCAAACUACAGCCCGGAGCCCGGCGGCAGUGACAGGCCGGCGGUAGAGAGAGUGUCGGAGCUGCCGUGGUUGUGUGUUUGUGUCCGGGCAGUGGAGGCGAAGAGGAGCGGUGUAACUUCGCAGGGCUGUUCUUCCAGAGGGAGGAAGUUUGCGGUGGCGAAGGAAACAUAAUCGGAAACCGGGGAGGGCCGAAAUAUCCCGACAUGGAGGACUCCGGGUCGGCCCUGGAGAAAAAUGUGGCUGACCUCACGGUGAUGGACGUGUACGACAUCGCCGCCGUGGUGGGCCAGGAGUUCGAGCGGAUUAUAGAUCAAUACGGCUGCGAGGCUCUGUCCAGGCUCAUGCCCAAAGUGGUGCGGGUGCUGGAGAUCCUGGAGGUGAUGGUGAGCCGGAGCAGCAUCACUCCCGAGACCGAGGAGCUGCGGCUGGAGCUGGACAAGCUGCGGCUGGAGAGACUUGACCGGCUGGAGAAGGAGAAGAAGCACAAGAAGGAGCUGGAGCUGGUGGAGGACGUGUGGAGAGGAGAAGCUCAGGAUCUGCUCUCCCAGAUCGCCCAGCUGCAGGAGGAGAACAAAACUCUCCUCACUAACAUGUCCAUCAAAGACCCGCUGAGUGAGGAGGACCUGCAGAGGCACGAGGGUAUGACGGAGAGAGAGAAGCAGGUGAUGAAGAAGCUGAAAGAAGUGGUGGACAAGCAGAGAGACGAGAUCCGAGCCAAGGACCGCGAGCUCACGCUGAAGAACGAGGACAUAGAAGCACUCCAGCAGCAACAGUCUCGCCUCAUGAAGAUCAACCACGACCUGCGUCACAAAAUCUCGGUGGUGGAGGCUCAGGGCAAAGCGCUGAUCGAGCAGAAGGUGGAGCUGGAGGCCGGCGCUCAGGCGCGGGGACAGGAAGUCGGCGCCCUUCGGCAGGAAGUCACACGCCUGAGGGAGCGGCUUCAGGGAGAGCUGCCCGCCCAGAGCCGCGGUCCCGAGGAGACCCCGCCUCAGCCCCCCUCACCUGCAGAGGAGGCGAUGUACGAUGAGGACAUGCCUGCUGUGUUCCAAUAUUUUACCAAGGAGGCGUUGUGCGAGGAGGAGACGGGGGGAGCCCUGGACCCGAAGGACCCCAACCGGCCGCGGUUCACGCUGCAGGAGCUGAGGGACGUCCUCCACGAGAGGAACGAGCUGAAGGCCAAAGUGUUCCUGCUGCAGGAGGAGCUGGCCUACUACAAAAGUGAUGAGACGGAUGACGAGAUGGUCACUCCGUCUCCGUCUCCCUCGCCUGAGCUGAGGACUCGCUCCCGAUCUACUGCCCAACCAGAGUCAGGAAUCAAACGCCUGUUUAGUUUCUUCUCACGUGACAAACAGCGGACUUCGCAGCGGAGUGCGCAGUUUGACGGCGGCUUCGGCUCGUGGGCGGGGAAAGACGACGUGUACACAGAACAGGCCCAGGAGGCGUUACAGCACAUGUAGUGGCUGCACACGGGGACUCCAAAACUCUUACUUAACACUCCAUGUUCAUCACUCGAGGCCAGCUUGUGAACCAGCGACUGCACAGCAAAGCACCACUAGUGACUCACACUGCAGCUGAAGCAUCAUGUGCUUUGAGGUGAGAGGACGGAGAGAAGAGUGAAUGGAUAGAGAAACCCCUCUACAGGUUUUAUUUAAACACAUGAGAAUUGUUGAAUAUAUCAGUGAGCAAUGGCACAUACAGACUGUUCGACUUUAAAGAUGCCUGAAGGGUU